AUGGCCGAUAUCUUCCGCCUCCUCUCGCGCGGCAGCACCCUCGCCAAAGGCGCCACAGGCGGCUCCCACAUCACCACAACCCGCAGCAAACCCACCACCGUACCAGCGCCCAAGAAGCGUUCCCGCGAACAGGACGACCUGGCGGUACCCAAGGAGCUCGACUUCUUCGGCGACGCUGCGAACGUAAAGAAGAAGCCCAAAGUCGCGGACGCGGACGGCGACCUGUCUAUGGACGACACCGACGGGGAGGAGGAGGAGGAUGAGGAGGCCAAGGAGGCAGCGGUGAAGAAAGAGAAUGGGGAAUUGGAGGUGGUCGAGGACGACGAUGCAGUAAGGAAACUGAUGUGGGCGCACAAGCUCAAAUACACACUCCUCACGGACCCCACCGCCAACGACGAUGGCGGAGAAGACGGCGCGAAGAAGACUAAGAGGAAGAAGAAGAAGUACGCCCAGUUGCUGAUCCCGCCGCUCACCUCGUUCACGCAGCUGCGCUCCAGCGCGCACGGCUAUGCGCUCUCGCGGCGGGUGUACGAGAACAUCCUGGCGCAGGGGUACACGGCGCCGACGGAGGUGCAGAUGGGCGCGCUUCCUGUUCUGAUGAAGAAGCAGCAGACAUCGGGGAUGCUGACGUCGCUGUCGUGGGUGGACCUACUGACGUGUGCGCCGACGGGGUCGGGGAAGACGCUGGCCUAUGUUGUUCCGCUGCUGGACUGGAUCCUGUCGACGCGGAAGGAGAGCGGUGGUGAGCGCGGGGUGCGCGCGGUGGUGCUGGCGCCGACGAAGGAGCUUGCAGGGCAGAUUGUCAAUGAGGUGAAGAAACUUUCUGUUGGGACGGGGGUGCGCGUGUCGUUAAUGCGCAAGGGGAUGGCGGGGACGUCGGUGAAGGGCGAGGAGGCGGGCAUCAGUGUCAAGAGUGAUAUCUUGGUGUCCACGCCGCUACUGCUGCUGCAUGCGAUUGAGGCCGAGGAGAAGGAGGACGGGAAGGAAGGCGAGUUUGCGAACGUUAGGAGACUGGUGCUGGAUGAGGCAGAUGUGCUCCUGGAUGAGCUGUUUAGGGACCAGACGCUGGGUAUCUGGAGGGCGUUGAAGGAGAGCGCGGAGAAGGAUGGCGGGCUGAGGACGACGCCCUCGCGGCCCCCAUUACAACCCUCGACGAGCCCACCAUCCCUUCGCCCCCCUCUCCAAAGCCCAAGAAGUCCAAGAAGUCCACGAAGACUCCCGAAACAGCUCCUGAGCCAGCAGCAUCCGCGCCAGCUCCCACCGCGACAAUCCUCCGCCUCAUCGUCGGCAUAA